GGUACAAAGGUUAAAAUGAAGUGAAAUGCAAUCAUAUGACAUACUUUUCUUUUUAAUGGCGUAGAAGAAACAGAAUAGAUUCUUUAGCACACCAGUCUCAGAGACAAAAGAAAAAACGUAAAGAAUACCGAAGUGGCCCAGAAAUGGACAGUGCCAGGCAUUCUGGAAGUGGAGAAGGAGCGGGCUAAAACACAGUUGAAAGUCUUCGGCCCUGUCUCUUCCCAGUCAGGCCUGCGAUAUGAAAACCACAUGCAUCCUGAUCUUGUUUUGGCUUCUCUACAUGCUAUUAUUAUCAGAAGAAAGCCAGACUUCUAAAACAGAAGUCAAAUGUAAUUUCACUGAAAAGAAUUAUUCUUCGAUUCCAGCAGAUAUCAAUCAAGAUGUUACUAUACUUGAUCUCAGUUAUAACCAAAUUACUCUGAGUAUUAGAGACACAAGUGAUCUACAGAGGUAUUUGUUACUCACUGAGCUCUAUUUGAUUGAGAAUAAUGUCGUUAUCUUAUAUAAUAAUAGUUUUGGUAACCUCUUCAAUCUAAAAAUUUUAAAUAUCUGUAGAAACUCCAUCCACAUAAUUCUACAGGAUGCAUUUAGCGGCUUAAAUAAACUAGAACAGUUAUAUCUUUGCCAAAACAAAAUAUUACAACUGAAUCCUGAUACAUUUGUGCCUCUAAAAAACCUGAAACUUCUGAAUCUGCAAGGCAAUCUAAUAAGCUAUUUUGAUGUUCCACAACUGUUUCAUCUGGAAUUAAUCACUUUAUAUGGAAAUCCAUGGAACUGCUCUUGUGGUCUAUUGAAUUUGCAGAACUGGUUGAACACAUCAAAUGUGACACUAGAAAAUGAGAACAUCACCAUGUGCAACUACCCAGAUAUCCUGAAGUGCUACAGUAUCAAAACAGUACCUUAUAAGGCUGAGUGCUACUCAAAACUUUCUUCACCUAUAAUUGAAGAUCUUUAUAUUAAUUUUCAGUCCAUUAGCAAUUUGACAUUUAACAGCUCUUUGAACAACUUCACAAGAAACUCAGAACAUGAACCUCUUGGAAAAAGCUGGGUUUUUCUCGUUGGAGUUGUAGUCACUGUAGUAAUAACUUCACUCGUCAUCUUUUUUGCUAUCAAAUGCCCAAUAUGGUAUACUUUUCUGCGUAGUUACAAUCACCAUCCCCUGGAAGAGCAUGAAGCAGAAACUUACGAAGCUGAUUUUACCGGAUAUCCAAGUUCUCUUUCACAGAUAUCAGAUGCGAACUCCGAAGAAACUACAGUAAUAUUUGAACAACUACAUUCAUUUGUGGUAGAUGAUGAUGGGUUUAUUGAAGACAAAUAUAUAGACAGUCAUGAAUUACAUGAAGAAAACUGACUUCUUUCAAAGUUUGAUUCUUUAAAAAAUGUUAUGGGUUCACUCACAGCAUAGACAUGGAGGUUUUGAUAUGCGACAUACCAAACUAUAGUUAGUAGACCUUCAUAUUAAUUGCAACACAGAUAAAUCCUAUAAAAUUAUGUUUUUCUCAUUGGUAUUGAGAAAGUCAGUCCAAAUACAGUAACUGACACCUUCUCGGUAGCGAAGUUACAAUACUAGUAUUACUAUUCUCAGCAGUAUUCAGGAGGCCAUUCUUGUAUAUACCAGUAAAGAAAAGGCCUAAAGUAAAUUAUUCAUUAAUUAAAAUGAACUGAUUCUCAUAUCAAUUUAGAUAUUUGAUAUAACAUACACUAAAUUAUAUUAAAGCUUUACUGGUUGGAAUCGGUAGAGAAAUAAAGGUUUUGGAUUUAUAUCAUGAGUCAGAGUAAUUGGAAAACAUUUUUUUAAAUGCUUCCUGUAUUAGCACAACAAAUAUCCUGAAAAUGUAGUAGCAAUUUGAAACACAGGCAUAUUCCCUAAUAAGUUACUACUGUGUCCUGUUAUAAAGGCUAUCAUCAUAAGGCACGAUCGUCACAAUUGAAUAGUAUGGUGGUUUCCAAAGUGGGUAUCACAGUCAUCCAUAAAAUCUUAUUUUAAAAAAUACACAUUUCUGCCUUUCUUUGGAAGAUUUUAUUCAAAUUAGUCCAUGCUGGGGCUGAGAAAUCUACAGUUGGUGCAUGGACAGCUGUUUGGGGUUCUGUAGAUACAGGAAUGUUUCCCAAAUUGUUUUCUAAAAGAUUAAUUUCCAGAGAGACAUUCCAAAGUAUUUACAAGGGCAAAAAAAUAAGAAUAAAAACGUACGUGG